UUAAUAAUCUAAAUAAAACUGUGCAUUAAUUACUAAUAAUCAAAUUUUUCAUUAAUGUGUACCAUUUGUGUAUUUUCGUAUUUUAGUUAAGUAGUAUUCUAAGGUUGGUAUCCCGAUAAUAUCUUUGGUUAUCAAGCAGUGCGAGCGUGUGCGAGCGCUAAACUCAAAUUAUUCAUCUUGUUUGGUCGAUAUAAUAUUUUACCAAAGCCAGUUGACUUGCAGCGCUUGUUUAUCAAAUUAGGACCAUUUAUUCUUAUAUACUAGGCUAAGUUGCAGAUUUAGUUAUAUUUAUAAUGGAUUUAACGUCUAUAAAAUCGAGUUCUUAUACUAACACAGAAAAUUCGCAUACUGUAAGCAUAUCUGCUAAAUUAAGGCGACUUAAAAUAGAAGAAAGUCUUUUACUUCAAAGUAUAAAUAAGUGUGUUCGUGAGUUUCCAUCGACGGAUAGUGAUAAUGAUAGUACUACUUCUUUUUCGGACUUCUCUGGUUUUUCAGCAAAAAUCAAAGAAUCACUUAGACAAAUAACUUUAACAUUUCAAGACAUAAAAACUAGUACAUCUUCCAAGGAAAUCUUGAAGUCCAUCGAUAUCGAUGAUGUAAAACGAAGUACCUUGGACUUGGAGAACAAUAUGAGGAAUUUAAAAUUAUUACUUCAAUCAGAACUGACCAGCUUAAAAUCAGCUGAAAAACAACUGAACCAAAGCAUAAAUGAGAAUCCAAUCGCGAUCAGCAGAUUGAAGAGACACCCAAAAAUACCGACUGCAAAAUAUAACGAGAUAGUACCGAGUCCGGUUAAAACAUUAAUGAAUUCUCCAUUCAAAUGUUUGGAAGUUCAAGAAUUCCAAGAAUUUAUGAUGAACAGCCCAAAUCGAUAUGGUGGGUGGGCUGAAUACCACCAUAACAUAUUUGUUAAUUAUUGGCAGAAGUACUUCAAUUUAGAAAACAUCAAUGACGAACAAAGUGAAAGCUGCAUCGAAUCGUCGCCAUUUUACCAUUUGUUCUUGCGUGACCUUCAAUCCAAAUUACAAGAUAUAAGUGAAAAAGAAAUAACAUCUCACGUCAGGUGGUAUACGAAACUUGUUUACUUGAAGGAGCGUCAGCAAAAAGCUAUUGAUAAAUGGAGAUCUAAUCGAAGAGCUAUGAAAUCCAAGGUGAAGCCAGAUGAGAAAAAUAAUUUUAGUUUAAAAUUUAAUAGCAGUGACAGAAAAGACCGUUGCACUGCAAGCGAAAAAGAUAGCCUAGAUGAACGGACUAAAAAAGAGCUGAGUCUUCAAGCUCCGACUCAGAAUGAAGUAUGCUGCUUCGUAAGACAAUGUUUCAGUGACGAAUUAAAGAAGAUAGAUAAACUGCAAGAAAAUGUAUCCAAUGAGCAGAGUACGGUUGGUAAUGGAAAACCAGUGAUGAAGCGUUUCCAAAAAUCGACAAAGCAGUGGAACAUCAGACUGAACACGAAGACUAUUAAGACUGAUGUAAAUUGCAACAAUGUUGAGAGCAUAAAAAAGCUGCACACACCUACAUGGAGAGUUGGUUUAUAAAAUAAACGUGAAAUACAUUA